AAUUUAGAAAAAGCCUUUUAUUGGUAUCAAAAAGCAGCAGAAAAUGGUAUUAAAGAAGCUAUGAAUAACUUAGCUAUAUUUUAUAGUAAUGGAGAAGGAACAGAAAAGAAUUUAGAAAAAGCCUUUUAUUGGUAUCAAAAAGCAGCAGAAAAUGGUGAUAAAGAAGCAAUGUAUAAUUUAGCAGUUUUUUAUAAUAAUGGAGAAGGAACAGAAAAGAAUUUGGAAAAAGCCUUUUAUUGGUUUUUAAAAGCGGCAGAAAAAGGUAAUAUUAAAGCAAUGUUCAAUUUAGCUAAACAUUAUGAAAUCGGAGAAGGAACAGAAAAGAAUUUAGAAAAAGCCUUUUAUUGGUUUCUAAAAGCAGCAGAAAAUGGUAUUAAAGAAGCCAUGUUUAAUUUAGCAGUUUAUUAUAAUAAUGGAGAAGGAACAGAAAAGAAUUUAGAAAAAGCCUUUUAUUGGUAUCAGAAAGCAGCAAAAAAUGGGAAUGAAAAGGCAAUGUAUAGUUUAGCUACAUUUUAUGAAAAUGGAGAAGGAACAGAAAAGAAUCUAGAAAGAGCCUUAUAUUGGUAUCAAAAAGCAGCAGAAAAUGGUGAAGAAGCAGCAAUGUGUAGUUUGGCCAUAUGUUAUAAAAAUGGAGAUGUGACAGAAAAGAAUUUAGAAAAAGCCUUUUAUUGGUAUCAAAAAGUAGCAGAAAAAGGGAAUAUUGAAGCAAUAUUUAAUUUAGCAAAUAAAUAUCAACAUGGAGAAGGAACAGAAAAAAAUUUAGAAAAAGCCUUUUAUUUGUAUCAAAAAAUAGCAGAAAAUGGUCAUGAAAAGGCAAUGUUUAGUUUAGCUGCAUGUUAUAAAAAUGGAGAAGGAACAAAAAAGAAUUUAGAAAAAGCCUUUUAUUGGUAUAAAAAAGCAGCAGAAAAUGGUCAUAAAAAAGCAAUGUUUAAUUUAGCUACAUGUUAUGGUAAUGGAGAAGGAACAGAAGAGAAUUUAGAAAAUGCUUUUUAUUGGUAUCAAAAGGCAGCAGAAAAUGGUGAUGAAUAUGCAAUGUUUGGUUUAGUCAUAUGUUAUAGUAAUGGAGAUGGAACAGAAAAGAAUUUAGAAAAAGCCUUUCAUUGGUGCCAGAAAGCAGCAGAAAAAGAUCAUGUUAAUGCAAUGUAUGAUUUAGCUGUUUUUUAUGAAAAUGGAAAAGGAACAGAAAAGAAUUUAGAAAAUGCCUUUCAUUGGUAUCAAAAAGCAGCAGAAAUUGGUAAUAAAGAUGCAAUGCUUAGUUUAGCAAGUAAAUAUGAGAAUGGAAGUGAAACAGAAAAGAAUUUAGAAAAAGCUUUUUAUUGGCAUCAAAAAAUAGCAGAAAGUAAUAAAGUUAGUUUUGAAAAUGAAGUUGAAUUAUGUAAUGAAUGCAAACAACCAUAUAUUGAAUACCAGUGGUGUCAACAAUGUAAUACCAAACGAUUUCAACAAGAUUUUUCUAAGUGGACUAGUGAAAAUGAAUUUAUUGAUAAAUUUAUACAAGAAGCACAACUCAGUACUAAAAAUAGUUAUGAAAUUUUAGAAUGGAUACCUUAUAAUAAAUUGACAAGUGUUAAUUAUUAUGAUAAAGGGGGAUUUAGCGAAAUUCAUAAGGCUAUCUGGUUAGAUGGACCUAUUUUUGGUUGGAAUUCUGACAAACAACAAUGGAAUAGACAAACAGAUUAUGAUGUUGUUCUUAAAAUACUUAAUAAUUCAUCAAGUUUAGAUAGUAAAUUUCUAGAUGAGUGGAAAUAUCAUUAUAAUUGUCAAAAAAAAUCAUUUUCAAAAUUUAUUCAAUUUUUUGGAUUUACACAAGAUCCAAUUAGUUUAAAUUAUAUAAUAGUGAUGAGUUGUGCAAAAAAAGGAAGUUUGAGAAAAUGUUUAUCUGAUAUAAAUAAAUCCAAGUGGCAAGACAAAUUACAAUUAUUGAAAAAAAUUAUCUUGGGACUUAAAGUAAUUCAUGAAUCAAAUUUAACUCAUGGUGAUUUUCAUGAUGGUAAUAUUUUAGUAUCAGAAAAUCACAAUGAAUUAUUUAUUAUUGAUUUAGGAUUAUGCAAACCUAUAAGUGAUUUUCAAGAUUCUGAUAAUAAUGAAGUAUAUGGAGUCUUACCUUAUAUGGAUCCUGAAAUAUUAAGAAAUAGACCCUAUACUCAAGCAAGUGAUAUUUAUAGUUUUUCAAUGAUAAUGUGGGAAUUUACAUCAGGCAUUCCUCCAUUUAAUCAUGAAGCACAUGAUUAUGAUCUUAUCUUGAGUAUUUGUGAAGGAAAACGUCCUAAAAUUAUAAAAAAUACUCCAAAAUGUUAUAUAGAUUUAAUGAAAAAAUGUUGGGAUUCAAAUCCUUCCAAUAGACCAACUAUAAUAAUGCUUGAACAUAUUAUAUCUGAAUGGAUUAGAUGUAUUGAUAUAUAUUAUGUAAUAAACAGUGAUGGAAAUUAUCAAUUUAAAUCUAAUGAAAUUGAUGAUCAAUUAGAAAAUGAUAUGUUGGAAUUUGUAGAAGCAAACAAAGCUUUAGUACAAGAACAAGCAAAUACUUCUAAUAUACAGAAUGAUAUGUUGGAAGCUUUAGCACAAGAUCAAGCGAAUACUUCCAUUAUACAAUCUCAUUCACAGGCAUAUUAUACAAGUCGAAAACUUACUGAAUUUUUUUUUCAAGAUAAGAAGUCUGAGGGUUUGGAAUUUGAAAUUAAAGAUUAAUAAUUCUGGUAUUUUUCUUUAUUUGUUGAAUUAUUUACCAGUUAUUAUAUUUAUCAGUUAU